UGUUUGUACACUUGUAGUUCGUAAUUUGUGCUGAUUCCCUAUUUUGUGAUGGGUUUUUAUUAUUGUGUUCAUUAACGAAAUUUUUCGUAAUGUCCCAAAAAUAAAUUAGAACAAUCUUUAAAAAUACAAUAAUAUGUAAGAGAGAAUGAGUUAAAUAUAUAUUUUGUAUUGUAUCAAUUGAUUAAUAUUUUAAUCAAAAAUGAUUCAUUUAUAUGUGCGUAAUAAGAAUAUAUCUUCUGUUGUUUGUCAAGAUCACUAGAAGAUUUCAAUGUAUAAUUACGUAUAAAGGCAACAAAAAGCUUAAUUUUAUUUAAUAAAGUUCGAGAAAAAUUUAUGCAAUUAAUAAACAAGAAAAAACAAAAAAUAGACGUCAUAAAAUUAUCGUCGUUAUAUGCAUUAUAAUAACUGCACUGGACGUCUAUUCUUAUGAUCUAUCACGACCAAUAGUACCAUAUGUUUGAAAGUUCAUAUUACAUGUGCAGUUGUAACAUUUUGUAUAAGGCUGAAGUAAAUGUAUACAGAAAUAAAGUUAUAUUUCGUCGAGAAGUUAUUUUUAAUUAAUCCGCUCCUUUACAUUAUUGCAUACUUCGAUUAAAAUUUCACUAUCGUCUAUAUCAAAUAUUGAACAGAUAAGUUUAUCAUCUAUCAUGCAAUCCUAUCAUGAUUGCGAAAUAAUGUAUAUUUAUAUUAUACGAAUAAUGCAAAAUUUAUCUUCUAUUAUAAAUUAUUUGUUGAAUUAAAAUUAAAAAAGAUUUUUUUAACAAAUUUUAUAUUUAUAUCAUGAAAUAAUUAAAAUUCAAAUUUAAAUCUUGACCUGCGCAUGUAAAAUUAAAAAAAAUGUGUAAUAAAUAUAAGCAAGAAAAAAAUAAAAGAAUUCAGAGAAUAACAGAGAAUCAAAAAAUAUUUGUUAGAAUCUUCUUAACUCGAAAUGUUAAUUAAAAUCUAAUAUUAUAGUCUCUUCAAUUAACGUUGUAGUAAUGGAGGAAAGAUGGACGCCUUGACGUUUGGCUCUCACAGGCUAGUUCACUUAGAUCUCAAGGGUGCCCCACCGCGAGUCUGUUAUUUUGAAAAGUUAUUUCCAUUAUUAAGAACAUGGGGUGCCACUGGACUUCUGCUAGAAUGGGAAGACACAUUCCCAUACAAUCGAGAGCUUUCUCAUAUAGGAAGCAAUGGAUUGAGCAGUUUAAUCAGUGGAUAUACAGUUCAAGAAGCCAGACAUAUCCUACAAAUUGCAGGAGAUUGUGGUUUAGCUGUUGUUCCUUUAGUACAAACAUUUGGUCAUAUGGAGUUUGUUUUAAAACAUGAUGAAUGGAGGUCCUUAAGAGAAGUGGAGCACUUUCCAAGCUCAAUUUGUCCAUCUAAUCCAAGAACAUUAUCUUUGGUAAAGUCCUUGAUUCGACAAAUAGUUAGUUUUCACCCAGAUAUACAGUAUUUGCACAUAGGUGCAGAUGAAGUCUGGCAUUUAGGUCUUUGUUCAGUUUGUAUAAAACGUGCUGCCUCUAGCAAAUAUGGGAAACCAUCUCUGUACCUGGAACAUGUUUUGGCUAUUGCACAAUAUGUACAAGAAACAUAUCCCUAUUUAAAGAUUAUUAUAUGGGAUGAUAUGUUAAGAUCAAUAGAUUUACAGGUUUUGAACGAUCAUUAUAUUGGAAAAUAUGUGGAACCUAUGAUCUGGCACUAUAAUCCUAGAGAUAAUUUUGCUCUACCUCAUGAUUUAUGGGAUAAAUAUACUGCAGUUUUUCCUCAUAUUUGGGCAGCUACUGCAUUUAAAGGUGCUACUGGAUCUUCUCAACAUGUACCAAUUAUAAGACAUCAUAUAAGUAAUCAUGAGAAAUGGUUAGAAGAAUUGAGUAUACAUGUAAAUAAAGUUCGUGAAUUUCGAGGAACAGUCUUUACAGGAUGGUCAAGAUAUGAUCAUUAUGCAACAUUAUGUGAAUUAUUACCUACCGCAAUACCAUCAUUGGCGUUAUGUUUGAAAGUCUGGCUUCAUGGUUAUUCUGAACAAAUUCAUAAUCAAGUGGCAAAAUGUUUAGGAUAUAUGGAUCAUCCUUUACAUAUAACACCACAACCUAGACCUGCACCAAUACCUAGUAACUUACUUUUUCCUGGAUGGCCAAUUGCAGUAGGAGUAGAAUGGUUUUUAAAUUUUAGAACUAAAUUUCAUAAUAUUGUUUCUAGUGAACAAAUAUCUACAUGGAUGAAUCCAUGGCAAGUCGCAAAUAAUUAUACAAAUCCUAUGCAAUUAGAAAAUUUAGUACCCGCUUUUACGGAAUUACUAUUAGAAUUAUCUUCCUUAGAAGGAUAUUUAAGAUUUCAGAUGGAAACUAUUUUCUUUCCAUCAAUGAUUGAUGAAUGGAUAGGUACAAAUAUUCAGCCCAUGAAAGGGAAACUUAUGGAAUUAAAACAAACUACAGAGAAUCAAAUUAAGUUAAAUAGUCGAGUUUAGUAUUUUAAAUAAGUAUUUUGCAGAAUUUCUGCUUUAGAUCUCAAUGACCAACUUGAAUACAGGUGACGAGUAUGAAACGAUAGGCUGAUGAACAAAGUACGAAAAUAUUUAAUAAAUUGUAAAAUUUUAUCUUAUAAGUAGAUGUAGCGAAAUAAAAAUAGAUUAAAAGGUGAUAUCCAUACGAUAUCACAGAAUAUAAUGUACAGAAUAUAAUUUUAUAAGAGAAGGAAUGGUUAUUUUAAUACUUGGCUUAGGGAGGAAUGAACUUGUGACAAUGAUUUUGUCACUGAGCUUUGUCAUUUUGUGAGCUGUUCUGUGAUAUUUGGCUAUGAAAGGAUUAUUGUAAUGUAAUUAAGCACUAUAACCAUAUUUUUUUGUGGUGGUUAUUGUGCUUACCACAUAUGCUUCUAAUUAUCUGUUUCUUAUUAUAUUCAUAGUAUGUGCAAAUAUUUUUUGUACUCGAUUUAGAAAUAUCUCUGAAAAUUUUUCAAGAAUUAUAUUGAUCAACUAUGAAAAGAUUUUAUGCAAUAUAUUUCAUGGAAUCUUUUUUAUUACUAAAAUUCUAAACAAAUCUUGUUUUAGAGCAUAUAUCGAUCUAAUAUAUCUAUGAAGCAUAAUAUUAGAUUGAACAUAAAUGAAAUAUAGCUAGAAUUAAAAUUAACUAAUAAUAAUGAAUUCGAAUAAAUACUUAUAUGUAUGUACGUAAUAAUUAUACAACAUGUGAUUUUGUUUUGUACGAUUUGAAUUACUUCUAAAAUAAUUUCAAUAUGAAGCAGAAGAAAA